AAAAUACAUCAGUUUAUUAUAGAAUACUACCCUACUUACUAUAGAAUUCACAUAGUUGAGGUGUGGCUUGGGAGACUUCAGAGGGAUCCAGGAAGAAACUAACUCGGGUUAGCCAGAGGCAGAUGCAGAACGGAACAGAAGCGGCUGAGGAAGUUCGUCUCAGAGAGAGUAAGAGAGCUGAGGAAACUACUGUAGAGAGAGACAUGGCAGACACAGAAAACGAGUCAAAAUCCAAACCAGACCAGAAACUCUGCUGCACUGUGUGUUCCAGUGCUCUCAAUAAGGAUAAGCCCGCUACCUGUGGCCACUCAGUCUGUGCCUCUUGCUUGGGGAAGAAAGGUAAAGGCUGUCCUCAGUGUCUACAGAGCUCUGGCAAGCCUGAAACUGCACCUGUGGAACAGAAUGGAACGUUGAAUGGAAUGGUGGCCGAGUCUCCACCGGUGAUCAAAACCAAAAACCAAAAAUAUGAAAAGGACAUAGAAGCCCAGGAUUCAAAGACCGCAGAGGAAACAAUGAUACAGGAAAACCUGAAGGAAGCAGAGGACCCUAAAAAAACAGAGGAAGAGAAAAGGAAAGAGAAAGAGAGUGACCCUCCACAGCCUGCAGAGGAAGUGAACGACGAUGGGGUGAACAAGAAAUCAAAGGAAGAGAAAUCUAAAGAAGAGAACGCAAAGGAAGAAGAGAAGGCAAACGAAGAAGAGGUCAAGGAAGAGGUGAAAGUAGAGCUGUUGGGACUCGAUGAUGUUGUGUGUGACUCAUGUAUGGAGACGAGCCCGUGCAUGGCCCUAAAGUCGUGCCACACCUGCCUUGUGUCCUACUGCGAGGCCCACCUCAGGCCCCACCUGGAGAACCCCAAGUUCCAGAACCACCGUCUGGUGGAGCCGCUGAGGGACAUCGAGAGACGGACCUGUGAAAUUCACAAAUGGCCCCUGGAGCUGUUCUGCUGUUCUGAUGCUGUGUGUGUCUGUCAGGACUGUGUGACAGAAGACCACAGGGGACAUAACACUGUUCCUGUGUUAGAGGCGCGCAAAACCAUAGAGAGGGAACUACGAGAUAAACAAACAGAGAUGGUGAAGACAGUUGCGGCAGCAGAGAAUGCCAUCAACCAACUCCAACUCAACACGGUUUCCUUUGAGAAUUCAGUGACGGAGGUCCGUGAGGUGAUUGACAGCCAGUUUAUGGACCUGCAGGCUGCGGUGGAGCGGGCCAAGAGAGAGGUGACAGAGAUCCUGGAGGGAGAGGAGAAGCAGGCUCUCAGACAGACCGAGGGGAUCAAGGUACACCUGGAGCAGAAGUGCACUGAGCUGAAGAAGACACAAGAGUAUUUGAAAAAGCUCUCGAAGAACAAGAACGACGUGGACUUCCUACAAGAGUACUCUAAGUGGAAGAAGGACAGCCCUGACAUUACCCUACCUGGGGUCUACAUCGGCCUCAUGGACCGGCUCAACUCCUUCAGUAGAGUGAUUGUUACCUCCACACAGGAGCUGUGUGAGAAGCUGCUGUCCAAUUACAUAGAGACACUCAAAGAGACCUGCAAAAAUGACAAGAUGGGGAUAAAAACCACAGUCCAUGAAAUAAUCGCAGCCAAACAGAACAUGACUGUGCCAGACCCAAAGACGCGGGAUGACUUCCUAAAGUAUGCCGCGCUUGUGAGUUUUGACGCAGACACGGCCCAUAAGUUCCUGCGUCUGACUGAGGAGAACAGGAAGGUGACCAACACCACACCCUGGCAGCACCCGUACCCCGAUGUCCCUGAGCGCUUUGAGAACUGGCGCCAGGUACUGGCCACAGAGAGCUUCUAUGUCGGUCGACACUACUUCGAGGUGGACGUGAGCGGUGAGGGCACGCAUGUCGGACUCACCUACAAGAGCAUCGAUCGCAAGGGCCCAAAGAACAACAGCUGCAUUACCGGCAAUGACUUCUCAUGGUGUCUACAAUGGAAUGGCCGCAGCUUCUCUGCCUGGCACAGUGAUGUGGAGACGCCUCUGAAAGUGGAGAAGUUCACACGUAUUGGGGUCUAUGUGGAAUUCAGCUGUGGCCUACUGGCCUUCUAUGGGGUGGAUGAUGCUGUCGGCAUGACCCUCAUUCACAAAUACAAGGCUGACUUUCUGGAGCCCCUCUACCCAGCCUUCUGGCUGUCGAAGAAGGAGAACGUGAUAGAGCUUGUUGGACCUGGGGAGUCGCUGACACUGAAAAGCCUCUCUCCUCCUAACUCACCCCCAAACACCGAUGUUGCACCCCCCAGCCGUUUCACAGUAUCUUCUGUUGUUGAUCAAUGAUCAAUUUGUCAGUGGUAAAUUUCCCCUGUCAAUCAUAAAAAGUUUCAGAAUGCAAGAAGAAAUGGAAAAGGAAACGCAUCAGCCGGCCCCAUACUUGUACUUAUACUUAUGUGAAUAUUUCUGGUUUUAUUUUUAAUACAUUUGCAAAUAUUUCCAAAACCUGUUUUUCGCUUUGUCAUUAUGGGGUAUUGUGUGUAGAUUGUUGAGGGGAAUUUUCUAUUUAAUCAAUUUCAGAAUAAGGCUGUAAUGUUACAAAAUGUGGGAAAGUUAAGGGGUCUGAAUACCUUCCGAAUGCACUGUAUAUCCCAAUAAGGUGACAAGAAACCUCACUAGAUUUAUAAAUUAUUUUCUAAAUACAAGUGGAAUAUUUUGUUAUAUAUAGAGUACCAGUCAAAAGUUUGUUUUUUCUUUAUUUUUUCUACAUUGCAGAAAAGUGUUAAACAAAUUGAAAUAUAUUUUAGAUUUUAGAUUCUUCAAAGCAGCCACCCUUUGCCUUGAUGACAGCUUUGCACACUCUUGGCAUUCUCUCAACCAGCUUCAUGAGGUAAUCACCUGGAAUGCAUUUAAAUUAACAUGUGUGCCUUUUUUUAAAUUAAUUUGUGGAAUUGCUUUCCUUCUUAAUGCGUUUGAGCCAAGUCAGUUGUGUUGUGACAAGGUAGAGGUGGUAUACAGAAGAUAGCCCUAUUUGCUAAAAGACCAAGUCCAUAUUAUGGCAAGAACAGCUCAAAUAAGCAAAGAGAAACGACAGUCCAUCAAUACUUUAAGACAUGAAGGUCAGUCAAUAUGGAACAUUCCAAGAACUUUGAGUGUUUCUUCACGUGCAAUCGCAAAAACCAUCAAGCACUAUGAUGAAACUGGCUCUCAUGAGGACUGCCACAGGAAAGGAAGACCCAGAGUUACCUCUGCUGUAGAGGUUACGUUCAUUAAAGUUACCAGCCUCAGAAAUUGCAGCCGAAAUAAAUGCUUCACAGAGUUAAAAUAACAUCAUCAACAUCAACUGUUCAGUGGAGACUGUGUGAAUCAGGCAUUCAUGGUUGAAUUGCUGCAAAGACACAACUACUAAAGGACAGCAAUAAGAAGAGACUUGCUUGGGACAAAAAACAUGACCAAUGGACUUUAAACCGGUGGAAAUCUGUCUUUUGGGCCAAAGUGAGUACAAUUUUUUUAUUUUUAGUUCCAACCGCUGUGUCUUUGUGAGAUGCAGAGUAGGUGAACGGAUGAUCUCAGCAUGUGUGGUUCCCACCGUGAAGCGAGGCGGAGGAGGUGUGAUGGUGUGUGGGUGCUUUGCUCGUGACACUGUCAGUGAUUCAUUUAGAAUUCAAGGCACACUAACAACAAAGUGCUCAGCAUAUGUGGGAACUCCUUGAAGACUGUUGUAAAAGCAUUCCAGGUUAAGCUGGUUGAGAGAAUGCCAAGAGCAUGCAAAGUUGUCAAAGGCAAGGGGUUGAAGAAAGGCAAGGGGUUGAAGAAUCUAAAAUAUUAAAUAUAUUUUUAUUUGUUUAAAACGUCUUUGGUUACUACAUGAUUCCAGAUGUGUUAUUUAGUUUUGAUGUCCUCAAUAUUAUAAUACAAUGUAGAAAAUACAAAAUCAUCACAUCCCCAGUGGGUCAGAGGUUUACAUACAUUCAAUUAGUAUUUGGUAGCAUUGCCUUUAAAUUGUUUAACUUGGGUCAAACGUUUCAGGUAGCCUUCCACAAGCUUCCCACAAUAAGUUGGGUGAAUUUUGGCCCAUUCCUCCUGACAGAGCUUGUGUAACUGAGUCAGGGUUUGUAGACCUCCUUGCUCGCACACGCUUUUUCAGUUCUGCCCACAAAUUUUCUAUAAGAUUGAGGUCAGGGCUUUGUGAUGGCCGCUCCAAUACCUUGACUUUGUUGUCCUUAAGCCAUUUUGCCACAACUUUGGAAGCAUGCUUGGGGUCAUUGUCCAUUUGGAAGACCCAUUUGCGACCAAGCUUUAACUUCCUGACUGAUGUCUUGAGAUUUUGCUUAAAUAUAUCCCCAUAAUUUUCCUCCCUCAUGACGCCAUCUAUUUUGUGAAGUGCACCAAUCCCUCCUGCAGCAAAGCACCCCCACAACAUGAUGCCCCCGUGCUUCACGGUUGGGAUGGUGUUCUUCGGCUUGCAAGCCUCGCCCUUUUUCCUCCAAACAUAACGAUAGUCAUUAUGGCCAAACAGUUCUAUUUUUGUUUCAUCAGACCAGAGGACAUUUCUCCAAAAAGUAUGAUCUUUGUCCCCAUGUGCAGUUGCAAACCGUAGUCAGGCUUUUUAUGGCGGUUGUUUCUUUUUAGUGGCUUCUUCCUUGCUGAGCAGCCUUUCAGGUUAUGUCGAUAUAGGACUCGUUUUACUGUGGAUAUAGAUACUUUUCUACCUGUUUCCUCCAGCAUCUUCACAAGGUCCUUUGCUGUUGUUCUGGGAUUGAUUUGCACUUUUCGCGCCAAAGUACGCUCAUCUCUAGGAGACAAAAUGCAUCCCCUUCCUAGGCGGUAUGACGGCUGCGUGGUCCCAUGGUGUUUAUACUUGCAUACUUUUGUUUGUACAGAUGAACGUGGUAACUUCAGCCGUUUGGAAAUUCCUCCCAAGGAUGAACCAGACUUGUGGAUGUCUACAAUUUUUAUUCUGAGGUCUUGGCUGAUUUCUUUUGAUUUUCCUAUGAUGUCAAGCAAAGAGGCACUGAUUUUGAAGGUAGGCCUUGAAAUACAUCCACAGGUACACCUCCAAUUGACUCACAUUAUGUCAAUUAGCCUAUCAGAAGCUUCUAAAGCCGUGACAUCAUUUUCGGGAAUUUUCCAAGCUGUUUAAAAGCAAAGUCAAUUUAGUGUAUGUAAACUUCUGACCCACUGGAAUUGUGAUACAGUGAAUUAUAAGUGAAAUAAUCUGUCUGUAAACAAUUGUUGGAAAAAUGACUUGUGUCAUGCACAAAGUACUUUUAAUGACUCCAACCGACUUUUAAUGACUCCAACCUAAGUGUAUGUAAACUUCCGACUUCAAUUGUAUAUACACAGUGCAUUUGGAAAGUACACACAAUACCCCACAAUGACAAAGCAAAAACACAUUUUUACACAUUUUUGCAAAUGCAUUAAAAAUAAAAAACGGAAAUAUCACAUUUACAAAAAAUAUUGAGAUUCUUUACUCUGUACUUUGUUGAAGCACCUUUGUCAGCGAUUACAGCCUCGAGUCUUCUUGGGUAUGAGGGUACAAGCUUGGCACACCUGUAUUUGGGGAGUUUCUCCCAUUCUUCUUUGCAGAUCCUCUCAAGCUCUGUCAGGUUGGAUGGGGAGCGUCGCAGCACAGCUAUUUUCAGGUUUCUCCAGAGAUGUUUGAUUGGGUUCAAGUCCGGGCUCUAGCUGGGCCACUCAUGGAUAUUUAGAGAAUUGCCCCGAAGCCACUUCUGCAUUGUCUUGGCUGUAUGCUUAGGGUCAUUGUACUGUUGGAAGGUGGACCGUCUCCUCAGUCUGAGGUCCUGAGCGCUCUGGAGCAGGUUUUCAUCAAGGAUCUCUCUGUACUUUGUUCCGUUAUUCUUUCCCUCGAUCCUGACUAGUCUCCCAGUCCAUGACGCUGAAAAACAUCCCCACAGGAUGUUGCUGCCACCACCAUGUUUCACUGUAGGAAUGGUGCCAUGUUUUUUCCAGACAUGACGCUUGGCAGUCAGGUCAACGAGUUCAAUCUUGGUUUCAUCAGACCAGAGAAUCUUGUUUCUCAUGGUCAGAUUCCUUUAGGUGCCUUUUAGCAAACUCCAAGCUGGCUGUCAUGUGCCUUUUACUGAGGAGUGGCUUCCGUCUGGCCACUCUACCGUAAAGGCCUGAUUGGUGGAGUGCUGCAGAGAUGGUUGUCCUUCUGGAAGAUUCUCCCAUUUCCAAAGCGGAACUAUACACAAAAGCGGAACCCCCCACAGUGGGGUCUGAAAUUAUUGACACCCUUGAUAAAGAUGAGCAAUAAUUACUCUAUAAAAUAAUGAAUUCAAAUACUGAGCUAUAUUGUACGUUACAUUUUUGGGGGAAUUGUAUAAUUUUCUACUAAUUCAAUUGGUUAGAGAAUGAGAUUUUGUUUAUCAAGUAAUAUAUUUUCCUCUCAAAAAGAUAGGGGUAAAAAAUUGACACCCUUAAAGAUUCUCAUAAAUAAAGUUGUCAAAAGUUGAGUAUUUCAUCCCAUAUUCCUAGCACGCAAUGACUACAUCAAGCUUGUGACUCUACAAACUUGUUGGAUGUAUUUGCAGUUAAUUUUGAUUGUGUUUCAGAUUAUUUUGUGCCCAACAGAAAUUAAUGAUAAAUAAUGUAUUGUGAUUUUUUUUGGUGACUUUUAUUAUAAAUAAGAAUCAAAUAUGUGGAUGCUACCAUAACAAUGGAUAUAAUAAUCCAUAUAUAUAAUCAUGGAUAUUCCUGAGUGAAUCGUGAAUAAUGAUGAGUGAGAAAGUUACAGAGGUUCAAAGAUCACACCACCAAGACAUGCUAACCUCUCACCACUACCAAUAACAGAGGUCAUGUCUUGAGGGUAUUAUUUUUUGGGGGGAGCAUACAAAUAGUUCAGUAUUUGAAUGAUUUAUUUUAUAGUCAUUCUUGCUCAUCUUUAUCAAGGGUGUCAAUUUCGGACCCCACUUUAUAUAUAUAUAUUGUUUUUUCUUAUUCUUGCUGUGUUAUUAUGCAUGGGUAAUCUUGGUAUAAUGGCAAUGUUUAGGUUACUUCUAAUGUGAUGGGUGACUUUUUAUUUCAGUGUUUUUGUUUAAAUAUAAUGCUAAGGAGUUGUGAUACCAUGACUCUGUUUAAAUUGUGGACUUUUUCGGUAAACUUUGGGACUGCUUUUGCUGUUCACUAUGUACUGUGACUUUGCAAUG